GCUACGUUGUGGAAGACAACAUGGCGACGCGAUGAGCGAAAGUUCCGAUCAACUGUUUUCUAUAAACACAAGACAUCUCCUUUUACACUGCAUAAAACAUGGAGAUCCUUGACAUCCUUGUCGAGUCAUGAUGCAAGGGUUCACAGAAAAAAGUGCCAACGAUAGGACAGCAUUUUGGAGGAAGAACGCGAAAACCGUUCCAGGAAGUAUCAAACCAGUUUAUGGAGCCUCACAUCCACCAAGAAAGGACACUAUGCCUUCGACGCCGAAGAAAGAUGGCCACACCAGUAAGCACAGGAGAAAUACAUCAUCGAGUUCAUUCAAAGAUUUCCAGGAGAGCACGGACGACGCUUGGGACAUUGGCGACGACGAAUUUUGCGUUGUGUCAGACGUGAAGAUAGUGUCCAAGGUGGUGCAGUCAACGGCCGACUCGGUGAUCACCAACCACAGCAAAGCUCAGAACUCGACAGAGGCCGCAGACGAACACCUGCCCUGUGACCUUACGGAUGGCUGCUGCUCGGCUGAGAGCCGGGCUGCUGCCAUGCAGCGACUGGCCAUCCAGAAAGGCUCGGGCCCCGUCUCGGCCCCGGAGUCCUCGUGCCCCCUGCCGACGGGGCGCAGCGGCCCCUACGGCUUCGGGCCGGGGGUGGCGGUGCGGCACCACGGGCAGCACCCCGCGGCCAACCUUUCUCCCCACCAUUCCGUCGCCCAGAACCUCCUCAGUAGCCGGGCCAUUCUGGAGAAGUUCCACGGCGCCCUGCACAGCUCCAAGACGGACCUCGACUCGCUUCGCUCUCUAAGUUGGAAGGGAAUCCCCGCUGAAGUUCGUCCUAUCACAUGGCGACUCUUGGCGGGGUAUCUGCCAGCCAACUCUGAAAGGCGGGCAGCCGUUCUCGAAAGGAAGCGUGAGGAGUACUUUAAUUUUGUGAAGCAGUAUUACGACACACGGAAUGAAGACAUCCACCAGGAAACCUACAGACAGAUACACAUUGACAUCCCUCGCAUGAGCCCCCUGGUGCCAUUGUUCCAGCAAGAAUCUGUACAAAAGAUAUUUGAGAGGAUCCUGUACAUAUGGGCCAUACGACAUCCUGCCAGUGGCUACGUCCAGGGCAUGAACGACCUGGUGACACCCUUCUUCGUCGUGUUCCUACAAGAACAUGUUCCCCAGGACCAGGAAGUGGAGACGUUUGACGUGACCCAGCUGGAGCCGGUGGUGCUUCAGGACAUUGAGGCUGACAGCUUCUGGUGCAUGAGCAAGCUCCUGGACGGAAUUCAGGACAACUACACCUUUGCCCAGCCAGGCAUCCAAAGCAAAGUCAACACACUCAAGGAGCUCAUACAGAGAAUAGACUCCCCGUUGCACGACCACCUGCAGAGGCACUGCGUGGAGUUCCUGCAGUUCACUUUCCGCUGGAUGAACAACUUGCUGAUGCGGGAGCUGCCGCUGCACUGCACCAUCCGGCUGUGGGACACCUACCUGGCCGAGACGGAGGGCUUCUCCACCUUCCACCUGUACGUGUGCGCCGCCUUCCUCCGCUUCUGGUCCGAGGCCCUGCUCAGGGAGAGGGACUUCCAGGGCCUGAUGCUGCUGCUGCAAAACCUGCCGACUUACGACUGGGGCGACGCCGAAAUCACCCUUCUGGUGGCAGAGGCCUACCGGCUCAAGUACACGUUUGCAGACGCACCCAACCACCUGCAGAUGAGCAAGUGAAGGUCACGGACCGUCGUGCCGUCGCCCUGGCUAUCGACGGAGCACAAUAAAGAGGAGGAGUCCUUUGAACGGACUCACACAAGGCCUUCAGCAAGUGUGGCACGAACUGCAAUGCAGUGAUAGCCUCGUUGCAAUGUGUUACCCUGUCGAGGGCGUGCGUGCAGUGGUCCUUGCCCGCAAAUUUUCGAAUUGUAUAUUUUUGUACAUUAAAAGCUGAGAUUUCCCCCGUAGGGCAGGAGGAAAUUCCAGACGGGCUUGUGGUUGCUCAAGGAAUGAGAAGUGCCUGUCAGUUGUGUCGACGGUUCCGGUGUCAGGAUCGCAUAGAGGCUCCGGAGAGCCUCGUUUUAAUGUAUGUACGGCAUAAAAGAAUGCGGUCCUUGAGUAAGGUUAAACUUUUCGUUUGUUUAAGUGUGCGGUCUCAACACACUUGGCCUUUUGGUUAGGAGCUUACGAGAUUAAAAGAAGCGUGUUCAACAUCCACUA